AGAGCGAUGUUCUAUUACAUAUUUAUAGAUUUCCAUUAAACACUUGGAAUUGGUUAUGGCUGACACUGACCGUCAUUUUGGCGUGAGAAGGAUCUGUGAGCUCGCUACUGGUUCAUUUACAGAAAUGGCUAUAUGGAUGGAAAUAACCUUGUUCAAGCAUUGAGGCUGGCUAUAUGCAUCCGUGGACAACCCACUUCUGAUCAGACAUUCCUUUUUUAUUUAGCAAAUAGUGAAACAUCUCUGAGAUUCAAUGAUAGCCCUCCGUCAAAAAAACAGCAAACGAAAAAACCAAAAAAAAAAAAUACUAACCCCAUUAGGAAUAAAUUUACCGGUUCAGUCUCCAUUAUUAACAUCCUGGAUAACGUCUCCUCCUAAUGCCAACGCUGGUACUCCUCUUAUUGACCUUCCCUGUCACCACUAUCGUGCUGGCCCCCGUAUCACUCCUUCUCAAGGGUCAUGGUUUGGGCUACUUAACCGAGGAACACAAUAUCUUUAACCUUAUGUUUGCAGACUACGGAAUCAUUGUCUUUAUCACCUUGUACACCGCCAUAUCGCUAUUAGAAAUAAAAUACACGGAGACAGACGUGUCAUUUCACGCGGUUUUGGUACGCCAGACUCUGAAACUCGCCGGAUAUGUGGCCUACGCUGCUGGCUUGUACUUAUUUCUUAUUCUCCCAAUCUACCGUUCCACAGGCUUCAAGAUAAGUGGGCACUUGUUUGGUCUUUCGUUACUUCUGCUCACAACUGUGAUUGAACUAGCACGAGUCAAAGGCCUACCCCGCGACGAUUCAUCUAGCAAGAUUUUCAAAAGGAUAACGGUAGCAGUUCUAGCGGUGUGUGCUGUUUGGUACCUAUUAUUCUUGAUAACUUGUGUGUUUUUCCACACUUUCCCGGAAAAGCUCUUGGGAUUGGCCCUUGGUAUGGUCCCUCCGGUGGUUUUGUGUAUUAAAAGCCCCGACUUGGAUUUCUUGUCUGUGUUUCAAAUAAGUUAAGGGACUCGAAAUGAUGUAAAUAACUGCCAGUAUAAAUUCAAUUUCACACCAAUUUGGUAGAUUAAGAUGCUUGAAUAUCCGCAGAGAAUAAGCUAUGGUGGAGGAAAAUACAAGUCACUGAAAGUUAUCGUCCUUUGGUAUGGAACGAUACCUAUAC